UUCUGAUGUGCUUCUGUCUUUCCAGGGCGGUGGUGGUGAGAAGCACUAGGGCUUCUUGCUGCUGCCAUGGGGGCACAGGACCGGCCUCAGUGCUUCUUCGACAUAGAAAUCAACCGAGAACCAGUUGGUCGUAUUAUCUUUCAACUAUUCUCUGAUGUAUGUCCACGGACUUGCAAAAACUUCCUCUGCCUAUGUUCAGGUGAAAAAGGAAUUGGGAAAACAACUGAGAAAAAACUCUGCUACAAAGGUUCAACAUUCCAUCGUGUGGUUAAAAACUUCAUGAUUCAAGGGGGAGACUUCAGUGAAGGUAAUGGAAAAGGAGGUGAAUCUAUUUACGGCGGAUAUUUUAAAGAUGAGAACUUUAUUCUGAAACAUGAUCGGGCAUUUCUUUUGUCCAUGGCAAACAGAGGGAAACAUACCAAUGGUUCCCAAUUCUUCAUAACCACAAAGCCUGCUCCUCAUCUUGAUGGCGUUCAUGUUGUCUUUGGAUUGGUGAUUUCUGGCUUCGAAGUGAUAGAACAAAUAGAAAAUCUGAAAACUGAUACUGCCAGUAGGCCUUAUGCUGACGUGCGAGUCAUUGACUGUGGAGUGCUGGUGACAAAACCAGCCAAAGAUGUGCUGGAGAAGAAGAGGAAGGUUUCUCCUAGCUCUGAAGUAUCAGACUCCUUCUCCAGCAGUUCCUCUACUUCAUCAGACUCUUCAUCUGACAGUGAAUCGGAAAAUGAGAGAAGUAGAAAAAGGAAACGGAAGAGAAGAACCAAAGCGAAACAAUCACGGAAGCGAAGAAAGGAAGAGAAAAAGAAAGAGGAGCCCAAGAGCAAACAGAUAUCAAGACAAAAAAGCCUCUCUGACAGAAGUGAAGCAAAUGAUAAAUCAGUGGACUCGAAUGCAAAAAGGGACAAACCAGUUGUCCGUCCUGAAGAAAUUCCUCCUGUGCCUGAAAACAGGUUUUUGCUUAGGAGAGAUGCACCAACUACAAGUGCAGAGCCUGAGCCGAAGCCCCCCGAUGUAGCACCAGUUUUGACUGACCAGAAGCCCUCAGUGUCUAAAUCUGGAAGGAAAAUCAGAGGGAGAGGCACAAUACGGUACCACACACCACCUCAUUCUCGCUCCUGUUCGGAGUCUGGCAAUGAUGGGAGCAGCGAAACACCUCCCCAUUGGAAAGAAGAGAUGCAGAGAUUGAGAGCCUACAGAGCGCCCAGCGGGGAAAAGUGGAGCAAAGGGGACAAGUUGAGUGAGCCAGGGAAGUGGGAUGAAAGAAGUCUGUCGCAGAGGUCAAGGUCUUGGUCCCAUAAUGGCUAUUCGGACCCAAGCAGUGCAAAAUAUUCCAGCCAGCACAAAAAACACCGGAAAGAGAAAAAGGCAAAGCACAAAAAGAAGGCGAAGAAGCAAAAACAUUUAAAGAAGCACAAGCAGGUUAAAAAGAAGAGGUUAUCCCCUUCGUCGGAGAUGGACUCUUCUCACUCCUCUACGAGGAGGACAAAAUCAUCUUACGAUCAGGAGCAAGGGUCUCACUCCUCUUCACUGACGUCAAGGGGUGACUCCUCUAGAAGACACUGGUCUAAAUCCGAGAGAGAUAAACAAAGCUCUCCAUCUCUAUCCAGCAGAGAUUCUCAGUCAUAUUGUAGGUCCAGAUCCAAGUCUGGAUCUCGGUCCAGGUCUUAUUCCAGAAGAAGUUCUAGAUCAAGAUCUAAGUCUUCUCCAUCUAGGAGUGGGUCCAGAUCCGAGUCGAGUUCUGCCUCUAAGCAUCCAAAUACAGCAUCCACUCCACCCAAAAAUGUCUCUCAUUUCAAUGAGUGUAAGCCAGCCAUGGUAGAGCCUGCAAGGACAGCACUUCCCCAGAAAGAUAAAGUUGUGAUUCAGCCUGUUGUUGCCGAAAGCGUUCCGGUUAUACCCCUCAGCGACAGCCCUCCGCCUUCCAGGUGGAAACCUGGUCAAAAGCCAUGGAAACCAUCCUAUGAGCGAAUUCAGGAAAUCAAAGCAAAAGCCACUCACAUAAUACCCACUCCAUCAACAUACAGUUUAAUAGGUGCCAACGAUCCCGGCGCCUCCUCUUCGUAUCAUAAGCGAGAAAAGAGUUCAGACAGUGAGCGGAGCAGUUACUCCAAAAACCGGAGUAACAGAAGCUCAGGCACUUGGCAAAGAUCUAGGAGCAGGACAACACGAAGUAGAACCUACUCCAAGUCUUCCUCCAGAUCGAGAAGUCCGUCCAGUUCGAGAUCUCGGUCAACACCCAGAUCCCAUUCAGUGAAUAAAACCCCCAGUGACCAGUCUUGCUACAGCGGCUCGUCAUCUUACUUUUCUUUAAGUGAAGACGACAGACAGAAAAGCAAACUAAAAUCUGAAUACAGGGAGAAACAUUUACAGCUGGAAAAGAAAAGGCAGAGUAGUUCGGAAAGCACACUUCCCUAUGCAAAAGACGUGGCUUCUCAGAAGCAUGGGAAUAGCGAGAGCAGAUCUUCGUCCGUUUUCUCCACAGACAGCGAGCCGUUGGUUAAACCACAGCCAUCAGCUCCAGAAAAAGGGAUAUUCAGUUCAGAAAAAUCUAAUCGGAAGCGAAAAAGCAGCCCAGCUUAUGAGGGAGAGGAAAAGAAGUCUAGGACUGAAUGGAGCAGUAACUCCUCCAAAGUGAGAGCUUUGAAAGAGAAAUCUGAAUCUCCAAGAAGCGGCAAAAAAGCAAAAAGGAAAACACAUGCUGGCGGUAAAUGGGACUCUGAUUCAAAUUCAGAAGGAGGUGGGAUCCGAAACAGUAAAGAAGAUUCAAGAUUGUCUUCCAGCAAGGAGGAAGGUGAAGCCUCCUCAGAUUCAGACACAGACCUCAGCCUGGCCAAAGGCAAAGCCAAGUUAGCAUCUACUUCUGGAGCAACGAAGGCAAGCAAGGAGUCCUCCCUAUCAGGGACAGAGAGCUCCCAUUCCCCUCCGGGCGCCCGGGGAAAAUCGAGAAAGCAAAAGCACGGCUCCAAGAAGAAUCCGAAGAAAGCGCAUUCCAAAAAAGCCAAAGAGAAAUCCAAGGGUAAAAAGGAGAAGCAGAAGGCUCCAAAGCAAAAGGAAACGUUUCAUUGGCAGCCUCCCUUGGAGUUUGGCGAGGAGGAAGAAGAGGAGGAAGACAUUAUUGCCAAGCCAAGCGCUAAGGAAGGGAAAGAGAAGCAGGUCUCAACGGAUCUUAAAGAUAAAAACCAAGAGCAGGAUUCAGAGAAGGACAAAAUGGUCAAAGACCAAGCAAAGGGUGAUGAAAAGCUCCAUGAAGAGAAUAUACCGUUGAAUAAAGCUGGAGGGCAUCUGUCACCUGCCAGUCAAGCGAGUAAACGUAACGAGGAGCCGUCUACGUCGGCUCAGGCUCUAAAGGCAGAUCGAAACAUGACUGGAUCAGAAACUCCCGACGGCACACUGGCAAAGAGAGAGAAUGAGGUAGAUGUGACCCAGAUAGAUGACAUGGAGAUCUGUACUCCAGAACAUAAUUCCCCUUUAAAGGUUGAUGUGGACCUUUCCCCAGUUGCUCUGAAGAUCAACCUCCAGGAGGUAAAAGCGAAUAAGAAUGCAAACAUCCACAAUCAUUCCGAAGCAAGAACUGCAAAACAAAGAGUCAAUGGUCAAGACUCCACCGACACCAAAGAAGACAACAGGGAAAAAGACAAACACAAAUCUAAACCAAGCACGUCGGUUGCGAGUACAGUCAGUGCACUAAAGCCCGAAAUGGCUGAUGGCGCUCAAAGUUGUUCAGCGGAUAAUAAAUGGAAGCCAUUGCAGGGUGCGGGGAAUCUCCAGCUGCCUGCUGCUGUUGCCUCCACCAGUUCUUCAGACGUCAAAAAUCUACCCUCCUCAUCUGAAUCAAAACCGCAAGGGUUAAGGAUAGAAAUCAAAAGCAAAAACAAAAUCAGACCAGGCUCUCUGUUUGAUGAAGUAAGAAAGACGGCCCGGCUUAAUCGGAGACCAAGAAACCACGAGAGCUCCAGCGAGGAGGAUUCAGCCGAGCGAGAGAACAGCCAGUCCAGAAGCCGCAGCCGGUCGCGGAGCAAGUCGGAACCCAAAUCCCGGCACCGAACAAGAUCUCUUUCCUAUAGUCACUCAAGAAGUCGGUCAAGGAGCUCUACGGACUCAUAUAGGUCACGGAGCUACACGCGAAGCCGGAGCAGGGGUUGGUACAGCAGAGGCCGCACAAGAAGUCGUAGCAGUUCCUAUAACAGUGGCAGAAGUAAUAGUCGAACCUAUAGCAGAAGUCGGUCCAGAAGCAGUUCCUAUGAUCACCGUAGCCGAUCAAGCAGGUCGUAUACCUAUGACAGUUAUUACAGCAGGAGUCGCAGUCGAAGCCGAAGCAAAAGGAGCGACAGUUAUCACCGAUCUCGCAGUUAUGACCGACGGUCCAGAUCCUACGGUUCCGACAGUGAAAGCGACCGCAGCUACUCUAACAACCGAAGCCCCAGCGAAAGCAGUCGAUACAGCUGAAAGCAUCCUUUUGAAAAAUAUGACUGUACUUAACCAGUAUAUUUAUCACAAAAAACUGUCCCUUCUGAGUACAUUUUUAAAAGUCAUCACAAUGAGAAGUCUCGUGUCAACCACAGCUUUUCUUGGUGCUGUUUUCCGGGCCACAAGGUUGUAUUUAUAUGGAUUGGAUGUGCAGGUAAACCUUGUAUUUUGAGAGAGAGGCAAGUCUGCUAUACCAAAGUAAUAUCUCAGCCUCUUCUGAAUGUAUAUAUAUAUAUGCCGACCUCUCAAGCUGUGAAGGAGAGUCCCAUUAGAAGCCUUCCUGCUGCAGAGUUACCUGAAACAAUGCUGUAUCUUGUACAUAAGUAAUCAGAUCCUGUGCCCUAAAUGGAUACAGGGAAUCGGGUCCGACAAUUGCUGUUUCUCCCCUGUACUUGCAGCUAUAGGUGAGACAUAUAUAUACAAUACUUAGGUUCAGGUGCUAGCCCUGUAGCUCUUACUUGAACGAACCGAAACAUGCAUAUGCAAGACUCCAAAAACGACAUCAGACUGUUCCAUGUCAAUUCUGUUUCCAUGUUGAUCAUAGCCUAGUUCCCUCCUGCGCUGGGUCUGAAAAGGCCUUGGGAUGAAUUGAAUCGUGUCUGCCCAUCUUUCAGCACCGGAUAUGACUUUACCGGUGACCUGUCCAUCUUCCAAUGUGUUUUUCAUCCCAAUUUUGCCAGAUUUUAUACUGAAGCUAUGGAUUCAGAGUAAGACCCUUUCUGUGUGCGUUACCAAAAAGAGCCUGCAAAUUGUCUAUACAUGGCAUCUGUGUUUCAGGAUUCCUUUUUUCAGUCCGUAAGUACUGAGCUUUCUUCCGGGAUUGCGAUCCAGCAGAUAAACAUCUAUUUGUAAAAACUUCAGUGUAUGCAAACCUGUUAUAUGAAGAAUGACAUUUUUUUUCACAACAGAAACGGUGCGUCAGGAAUGAAAUACUGCCUGUAAAUCUAGUGCUGAUACCGAAUUUUGUUAACUUUCUAUAAUUUGGGGAGGCUGUACAUUUCAUAAAUGCUAAAAAUAAGUAUGUUUUUGUCCCAGCUGUACAUUGAAAAGGCAUUUUCCUUUGAUGCAAUUAAAAUAUGAAGAAUUUAAAUAUUAGA